AGUCUCGCGAGAUUUGCCUAGAACAAUGAUGGAGGAGGCGUGAACUGGACUGGUCAGUGUUUAGUUUCCACUGCGCUGCUGAGCUGUACUGAACAAGACCAUCAGCGCUGUUCCAAGACUUCAGCGACUUUUUCUACCUUAUCUUUCCGCUUUUGGUUCAUUUUUAAAAAACGAUGCAACACGGACGUAUUAAAAACUCUAAAAGUGCUCUGCCGCUAGCAUGACGGGCCUGAUGUGCUGAAAAAUGCUCCGCGUAUUCUCUAGGUUUGGGAAAUAAGUCUGUUAAAUGCAAGAUCUGUCUUAUCUGCUGGGAAUUAAUCCACCAGGCAUAAUACAGCUCUGCUCGACCGCCUCCCAGCUCUGUUUGUGUCUGUGCUUUGACAACAACUUAAAAGGGGUGAACAUUUUACUCUUUAUGUCAACAUGUCCGAGCCAGCGAUGCUAAACAGUGACCUGGGAGUUUCGUUGAGGUGUUCACGGUAGUGGGACAAGUGCGUCAGGGGAACACUGGGUUCAAUGUCCCGUCCAGGGCAUCAGACACUUUCCCUGCAGCCACAGUCAUGGAUAAACUCACCGUGAUUUCAGGAUGCCUCUUCCUCGCUGCAGACAUCUUCGCCAUCGCAAGCAUCGCCAACCCAGACUGGAUCAACACUGGCAAAUCUGCGGGUUCACUAACUGUUGGACUAUCGCGGCAGUGCCAGACCAUUCAUGGGCGGGACAGGAUCUGCAUCCCCCCCGAGCUGCCCCCAGAGUGGCUGACCACACUCUUCUUCAUCAUGAUGGGCAUCAUCUCCCUUACUCUAACCUGCACUCUCCUGGUCAUGUCCCACUGGCACCCCGAGGCCACGCGGUACGCCCGCUGGAUCGCUUUCACAGGAAUGGUGCUCUUCUGUAUGGCGGCUCUCAUUUUCCCCAUUGGCUUCUACAUCAGUGAGGUUGGAGGUCAGCCGUACAAACUUCCCAACAACACUGGAGUGGGCUCCUCCUACGUCCUCUUCGUCCUGUCCAUAUUUUUCACCAUAGUUGGACUGCUGUUUGCUGGAAAGGUGUGCCUACCAGGAUGAAGUCAUACACCUUUUUUGUUUGUUUUUGAGAGAAGGACCAGCCUAAAUGCAGGAUUACUCCUUUGUACUGCUGAUAUUGAAAUGACUGCAUAACUGAGAAGUAUCUAAACUUACUGCUCAAAACAAGAAUACACAUUCAAACCAUUCAAAUGGUUUGCAUCUGAGCAUAACAAGUGACUUAAGUUGUAACAUGGAACAAAAGAUUACUUUUUAAAUGUUUCUCCUUUCUGUAUUUUUUUUUAUUAAUGAAUCAGCAGUGGUGACCAAAAUUGCCUCACAAUAAAUGAUUCAUAAUGUAUACAGACACAGCUCUGACGUAUGUACAUAGGUGUUCUGAAGAGUGGCAGUGAUGGAACCUUAGAAAACAAAGAAGAACCUUAGACGACAAAGAAGAGUGGCUAUAGUGUGGAAUGGUCCAUGAGGAUAAAUGGGAUUUAUAAGCCUUAUAUUCAUAAAAAGUUGUUUGUAAACUUGUACAGAAACUGAUGCUAAUGGAGACACUUUAAUGACCUUGGCACAUUAAAAUGAAAAUCUAUGGUCAAACUGAAUUUUCUCAAAUCUGGCUUUGUCACAGACAUUCAUGGUUAUUCUGUGUUUGUUAGGAAUAUACACUUUACUCAUUCAACAAAUAGAGACUCAAUACUCAGCAGGUGAGAGAACCACUGCAAUAACUUUUGUAGCAGUAUUUCUAAAUGCUGUACAGGCGAUGCUGCUGAUACUGCAUGAUGUUGAUUAACAGAGAUAAAACUAAACCAGGUGAAUAAUGUGAGAUGAUUACUCACCGUAUAUGGCCUCAGAAACAAAUUACUUUGACAUAUCCUGUACUAAAUCUAUAUGUGACAUUACAUUGUAUACAGUUUAAUCUACAGGGAUUUUGUUGGUCAAUAUUAAGUAACAGUUAAAGUGAUACAUUUUAAAUGUUCUAAAGAACAUGCACAGAGUCAGGCUGAGUCAGCUCUGCACAUGUUGUAAGUCACCACAGGGCGGUGUUACUUAAUAGAGUGUGUGUGUGUAUUACAAUGUCCUCAUUGGCUGUGCUGAGUUGCUGUGGUUCCUGUUUUGGAUCACAUGUGUUUUACCUGUCCCCUCUUAGCUUUCUGCCUUGUGUCAGGCCAGAGAGGGGCUGCUGUGCCUCAGUCUGGGUGUGCGUGCGGCGAGCAGGAGCAGGACCCCUGUGAGCAGUUCCAAGCUAUAGGAGAGCCAGGCCAGAGCCAGAGACCAUCCAAAGGACGUGCGUAUAUAGGACAGACCCUCCUGCCCCACCAGCCUCUCUGUCUCUACCAGCGCCUGGUAUGAGUACACUAUGUACAAGAUCACUCCACUCAGUGUCAGCAAGCCUGCAUAGAUGCAAGAGAAACAAACAAUCUUAAGUGAUAAAUAACUACAAAAACUACUGUAAUACUAUAAAACUAAAUACUAAUAGACAUAACUGUACACAGUAAUCAUAAUUAGUCUUUUCAAUCUUUGAGGCUGGUGUUUUGACAGACUGUCUAACAUUAAAUGGUAGAGUCCUUUAAAAGUCUCGGACACUGAUCCAGAUCUCAUCUCGGAAAAUGACAAACAAAAUCAACUGUCCACAUAACCUCUUUAGCCUCUUUAGAUCGGCUGCAUGUCUGUAAUGAAAAGAAUUUCCCCUUGGGAAUGAAUAAAAGUUAUUCCAAUUU